UAUCCCCCCUCUCUCUCUUUGGAGCUGUAUUCCUUCUCAGUCCGAUGCACUCGUCUCGAGCGCAAGGAUUCGAGGACAGUGGAAGAGGCAGUACGCGCUCGUUCAAGCUCCGACAGACAGUAGAUAGAAAGGACAGGUGGCACGGGAAAAAGUACGGAUUGGCGCGCGUUGUCGAAAAAUACGAAGAAGAAUAAAAAUAAGAUUCGAUGGAAAGAUAAAAAAUAAAAGGAAAGACCGCGAUAUCGAAAUAGAGGUAACGAGAAGAAAAGUGAAUAAAAUAAAACUAGGUAUCGCAGACGUAUUCCUACCACUAUGGUACACAUGUUAGAGGAAAUGAUGAAAAUUAAGAAGCGUUAAAGAAAGAAAUCGAAGAAGGGAAGAAAGUAGAAAGCCCGAGUGCGUGUACGAGGAUCAUUUGAGUACGAGUGUCAAUUUUCAUCCGCGACGCGACGUGUCAAAGAUUUUCCAGAUUACCGAAGAAGAAAUAUAGAAAAACAUGUCAUCGAAACAUUUUUUUGCAACCCUUAUGACGAUUGCGCUAUGGACGUGCAUAAAUUUCGGGGCGAGCUGGCCACUCGAAGAGAAUACAAGUGUCGCUGGUGCUAAAGUGUCGAUAAAAUUUUUCAAAACUAGCACGGUUCCAUCGGUGCCGCUUACCACGAAAUCGAAGGAUUUGAAAAAGCAGAUUGUUCGUUCGAUCGGGAACGAUAAAAAAUCAUUGAGUCGGUUCGAGGCGAAUUUUCAUCGUUUGCCUCCUUCGCCUGCUAAUCUAUUGAAACCGGAUCGAUUUCAAUUCUACACAUACAACGAGAGAGGUGACAUGAUAACGAAACAGAUGACCAUGCAGGAAAUUCAGGCGUUAAUCGCGGGCGGAGGUCCGGAUCAUUCCAACACGAACGUAGAGGUUGAAGAGCCUCAGAAGGUCGAAGAUAUAUUGACAGGUGGUAAGAAGGUAAUGGACGUUGUAGAAAAAGUGCAGAGCGUACUAAAAAGCGCGAUGGGUAAGCCAACAGCCACGUUAACGGGUUCGCUGCCAACAGUUCCAGAAAAGGCGAACGUCGAGUGGAGCAAUAUCUUACCCGCUAUAUUGGCCGGCGACAAGUACGGAGAGAAGCUCGAAUCGAGUCAUUACACCGAAGUAGAGGCAACAUCGACGUCCGCACCCGCGAACACGACCACGACCACGACCACGACCACGACCACGAUCACGACCGUUGAAAAAUUGAACCACACAACGGAUCAUCAAGUGGUUCCAUCGGAAGAUAGGUUCGAAUCUACAGUGCGAAACGAAGCAGCGAUCGUACAGACCGAUAAUAAAAAGGAAACGCAAGAAGUGUUGUCAACGACCUCGUCGACGGAAAAAUUAAUGAUUCCCGUGGCUGUUAUUACGGCAGAAGAGAAUGCUCAAAUUGGCCAACGAAUCACUCAAAGUCCUGUUUUUCAGAAGAUCACGGAAAUCGCGUUGGUGCCGUUUGAAAACGCUUUGGACGAAAAUGAUCGUUACAAGGAAAAGGAUCGUCACGCGUCAACCAUGACCAGUGGAACGACAACGACAACGGCAACGGCAACGGCAACGGCAACGAUCACGACCACAACCGAUGCCUCUCCGUUAUUGUUCUUGUUGGAAUCCAUAUCGAAAGAGCAUAGUAACAAUAUUAUUACGGAGCCUGUAACCAGCAUGGCGUCCGGCUCGAAGAACGAAUCUUGGAUCGAUUCGUUGGAAUCGAUAAACGGUUACAAAGUACGGCCUAAUUUGGAAAACGGUUCAAAAACAGAUUCGACAUCGUUACCGGAAUCGAACCAAAUCGAAACAUUCGUUACCAGCGAACCGUUCACGAUGACAUUACCAUCCUAUUCUUUCGCAACGUUUACCACGACGACCAUAGACAAAUUUCUGACACCGUUGCCAACGGAAUCGUCGUUAAUCGUCGAUGCGUCGACCUCGUCGACAAGCCUAAACGAUUUCGAUGCGACGCCGAAACCGUUAUCUAUGGAACUGGUGAAUUCGUUGUCGAGCGUGAUCAAUCAGGUAUCAGAAACCGUUUCAUCCGUUUUGCCUAUUUCUUCGGGCUUCGGUUCGGUAAUUAAUUCUCACUAUGACGAGGAAAAUGAGGAAAAUGAGGAAAAUGAGAAAAAAGGGAAUAACGUUUCAGAAAUUUCGACCGAUAAUUUCAGAAACACUGCACCGAUAAUUCAUAGCACUAAAUUUCCUCUGAUUAACGAAGAAACAGCAGCAGAUCACGUUCCAGAUCGUUGGACCGUUGAGGCGACAACAAAAAUUCAACUCGAUCAGGAACAGAGUUUCUCAACUAUGUCUACCACGUUAUCGUCGUCCACGAACACGGGUAAUUUUAUAGAAACGAACAAACAUUCCGACGUUUUAAGGAAAUCAAACGUUACUACUACUUCUGAAACAAGUACUUCUUCUUUAAUCGUUACGUCUGAACGUAUUACAAGCGAAACGGUGACAUCGAGUCCUUUCAGUUGGUCGAACACGAACUGGACGAAACCGACAGCGAUCGUCGACAACAUACUCGAAACUCUUUCUACCGAGGUAAACGCACCUGUUGUUAUCGAAGCGCUUACAUUACCAUCUAUUUUACCGAAAAAUUCGUCCAUAAACACUUUAGCGAGUGGACUUAUCGCCGGUUUCGAAUCAGCUGGUUCGAACGAAGAAACGAUGCUUUCGAGAGGUCCUCCGUUCAAUUCGAACACGUCUCCCGCUUCUACGAAUGCUGAAAUUUCCUUGAACGCAACGGAAACGCAAAUAGAAAAGCAUGCGUUGAAAUUGGCAGAGGAAAGCUCGAUGAAAUCGAACAGAACCGAUGAAAAUGAUCAGGCGAUAACCGCGAAUCAAUCGACGAAUUCGCAGAAAGAAACGGAAACUCAAACGCAACUGGAAACAACAACAGUCACGCGACCAACCAGCGAAUAUCCCGAAGAAGAAAUCGAGUUAUCAUCGAGUAACACGCGGAAUGACAUUGAGCUCAGUACGAAAAGUAUCGGUACCGAUGAUGAAAAAACUCGUGUAUCACCGGUGAUUAAUAAAUUUGACGAACACGCGUCAUCGAUCGCGGACGCAGACACGUCGAUAACGAGCUCGGCUGGUACGAAUUCGGUGCACGUUGUUACUACAAAGUCGGACCUGGAGAAUACUCUUAAAAUAGAUCGAACCGAAUCCAGUGUAUCAGACGUAAUUCCAAUCGUUACAGUCGAAAAAGUGUUGUCACAGGAAGCAUUGAAAAUGAACGAUACAACUUCUCCGAACCGCAUAAACAACUUCGCAUCCGGAGAAAACACAUCGUCGACGAAACACAUGGAGGAAAUCGUUGAAACGAACACGCGUAAAACUACAUUUUCUUCCGUUCCAAAUUCACCCGAAACGGAAGAAGAACCACCAGAGGAACGGUAUGGGGAGAAAAAGCACUCGUACGGUAAUUUGUCGAGUUCAACAACAGUUAUUAACGCAAUUUCCGAAGGUUCGCUUUCGUUAGGAACGUUGAACCAGCAAAGUCAGAAUUUGAACGUUACGGAACCAGAGCCAAUAAGAACAACCAUUAGAACCAUUAGCACGAUAUCCAUUUUGUCGAACCCGUCGAACAACGAAAGUAACCACACUUUGAAUACAACCGAUCGCACAAAUUUGAUUACCGAGCAACUCCAUCCGAACAAAGCGACGUUCGAUUCGACGAAAUUGAACGGAUUAAAAAACCAAACGGUACAGUCGAACGAAUCGGUCGAGAGCGUUCACGUGAAAUCUAACAAUUCGAUGAAUGUUCCUCAGGAGUCGCAGCAGCAUAUAUGGCAACGAAUAUCAUUACAUCAAACAACUCCAAUCUCUUCUCCUCCUUCUUCAUCUUCAUCCUCUCCACCUCAUCCUUCUUCUGUUAUUUCUUCAUCGACGAAAGAGUGGAUCGUGGCAAGCAAGAAACCAGAAGCAAUACCGGAAUCGACGACGCCGUUCGAAUUCGAUUUCACGAAAGAAAAAGAAAAAGAAAAAGAAAAAGAAAAAGAGACGGGAUCGAUGGUCGCGUUGAAUGCUUCAAAGAUUAUCGGGGGAUUGGACAUCAGCACAAGAAACGCGAGCACUGAUAUUGUAAAUUUUUCCAGACUUUGCAACGAACUGGCGUUGAAAUUUUGGACAGCAGUUAACAGCGGACCAAGUACCGGAAGAUCUCUGGUUGUUUCGCCGUUCGGUAUGAUCAGUUUAUUGGCGAUGAUCUUUCUCGGUGCUCGGGGAUCAACGUCCGAUCAAAUGAACGAAAUACUCGGACUCGACAACGUCGCCACUUUCAAUCCACAUUUAAUAUUUCAAAACGUGACGGACACGGUGAGCCUAGCGAGACAUCAAGGUAUCGCGAACGCGGCAUUCGUUCGCGAAUUGUUCGCGGACAAGGCCAAGGUUAGAAAGCUGUUGCCGUUCUACAAAGAACAAGCGCAACAGUUUUACGAAGGAUUAGUAGCCGAAGUAAAUUUUGCCACCAUCAGCGAUCUAACCCGACGACGAACCAAUCUGUUGAUCAGAAAGCAAACUGGGGGCAGGAUAAAGGAUUUCGUAAAGAAUAAUGCGAUUCCAUUGAGGUCACCUUUAGCUGCCAUAUCGGCAAACGUAUUUCAGACCGAGUGCAACGCGAGCACGAUCAGCGCAACUGGUCGUGACGGAGAACUGUAUUUUGCUGUAUCCUCAUCGGCACACAGGCUGCGAAAAUUGAUCCCAGUGCCGGCCGUUGUAUGGCGAUCGAAUGUACUCGCUGGCUACGAGCCGAAUUUAGAUGCGACCGCGGUCGCUGUCGGCGAUGUCAGUAAAAUCGUUUCUACGAUAUUCCUUUUGCCCGGUCAACAGGGUCACGUCGCGCCAGGGGACACGUUGGAUCGUCUCGAACAAAGGCUCGUCAAAGGAGCAUUUCGAGAUGGUACUUGGAACAAACUUCUCAAUGUACUUAUACCAAGAACUGGUCUCGAACUGCAAAUACCGAAAUUCACUCAUCGAUCCGUUGUGAACGCUACAGCCGCUUUAAAAAGAAUGGGGUUCGAUCAAUUAUUCUCAAAUUAUGCCGAUUUCAAAGGUAUCAACGGAAUUGGUAAUCGUCUCUUCUUGUCCGAUGUUCUACAGAUGAAUCUAUUCGGUACAUGCGGCGACGAGAAUAUCGCCAACGGACGACAUCACGUAGAAAUCUAUCCAGCGAGCCCAUCUUUGCGAUACUUCCGGCACGAUAAACCGUCGAACGUUGAACAAUUGUCCGUUCGGGUCAACGAGGAGGUUUCGUUCUCGUCAAGAAACGAUAGUAUGGUACCAAUGGGAGGUCCGAUAACGGGAAACGUAAAGAAAUCAAAAGACAAACCGAGAUUAAAGUUGGAUCAACCGUUUCUUUAUUUUGUACGACAUAAUCCGACUGGUCUCAUACUUCAUAUGGGCCGUUUUAACCCAAGAUUGUUAUAAAAAUGGAUCCUAUCGUGACGUUAUUGGAGAAAAUCUUGCGCAAUCGAAGCAAGAAAUUCUCUACCGAUAUUUCUAUUUUCAUCGCCAAAGCCGUUUGAAUUAUUCUUCUCCUUACAUCAACAUUCUCGACAUAUCGUUUGAUUAUAAUCAGGAAUUUUCAGUUCGACAAUGCGUUUCCGUGUAACAUGGUUUCUGAAAAAGUUCCUUUCGAAUCGCGUACCAAGUACGAAUAAGAUACGACAUUGCUCGAACACGUCGAACAACGACACAACAACUCGAAACGACUUGUGAAUUCUAAUUGUAUACUUGAGAUACAUAUUUGUGCGUGGACAUGUGUUUUAGGUAGAUUAACAUUCGUCUUAAUGAUAUCAAUAACGCUUUAUUGUUACGAAUGGACAAAAUUGAGGAAAAAGAUAUGUGCACGAUCGAUAACAAUUUUUCAAAUCGAUACACUUUUGCGAUAAUAUACCAUAUCCGAGAUUCUUACAACAGUAGACAGUGAGUGUGUUUCUUUUUCUAUUGUUUCUUUUAUUCGUUUAUUUCUCUUUAUUGGAAAUGUAACAUUCACCAUUGUAUAAAAUGUCAUAUCGAAUGUAAUGUCGUUUUAUCAUGCCACCGAUUGGUGAUUAUUAAUACGUUUUGUCACGAAAAAACAGAGGAUAAAUGAAGAUAUAUACACGUAUACCUCUUUCCCCUGCCUUUCCAAUUCUAUAAAUUUUCAACAUUUUAUUCAUUUUACUGAUCGUAUACUCCUCUCGAUAAAGCGACGUUCGUUGGCGAUUAAACGUGAUGGCGACGUUGCUGCGUUUCCUCGAUUCGAAUUUGAAGCAAGUCCCUGUAAAGAGUAAGAUUAUAAAUUAUGUAAUAAUUAAGCAUAGCCAACCGGUUUUCUGUUUUUUAGAAGAGGAAAUACCUUUACGUAGAAACAUUGGUAACCUAAUCUAAGAAAAUAAAUGUAAUAAAAAAAAUGAUGUGAUAAAAAAUAUAAAUAGCUUCUAUCCAGAAUCGUAGUCUAGACACAAUAGAGGAAUCUAGAAUUAUGGCAACUAAUUCAGCAGCAAUUGCUAAUCCUGUACCUUUCAAUGUAAAUGAAUCAUUUGAUCUUCAGAUUAUAAAUAAACAAAGUAUAGAAAGAAAUUAUAAUAGUGCAAAUAAUGAACCUACCGAUGUGACGAAUUGAAAUGUACUUAGUUUUUUAAGAACAUUGUCCGUCGAAAAUAAAAUGAAUCACUGUGAACUGAGUAA